GGCUGCGCUCCGCGAGGGCGGCCGGGCGUCCCUCUGCUGGCUCAGUCCGGGCUCCGGGCCCCGCGGCGGCGGCGGCACCAUGUUCCUCCACUCGGUCAACCUCUGGAACCUGGCGUUUUACGCCCUCAUGGUCUUCAUGGCCACCCUGGGGCUGUGGGACGUCUUCUUCGGCUUCGAGGAGAACAAGUGCAGUAUGAGCUACAUGUUUGAGUACCCGGAGUAUCAGAAAAUAGAACUUCCAAAGAAACUGGCAAAACGCUAUCCUGCAUAUGAAUUAUAUCUUUACGGAGAAGGAUCCUAUGCUGAAGAACACAAAAGUCUCCCUUUGACAGGUAUUCCAGUUCUCUUUCUUCCGGGUAACGCUGGAAGUUAUAAGCAAGUUCGUUCUAUUGGCUCUAUUGCACUUAGAAAAGCAGAAGACAUUGACUUCAAGUACCACUUCGACUUCUUUAGUGUGAAUUUCAAUGAAGAAUUGGUGGCACUGUAUGGGGGAAGUCUUCAGAAGCAGACCAAGUUUGUACAUGAGUGCAUUAAAACAAUUCUCAAGCUCUAUAAGGGUCAAGAAUUUGCUCCAAAAAGUGUGGCAAUAAUUGGUCAUUCUAUGGGCGGCCUUGUUGCAAGAGCAUUGCUUACACUAAAAAAUUUUAAACAAGAUCUGAUAAAUCUCCUUAUUACACAAGCCACACCUCAUGUUGCUCCUGUGAUGCCAUUAGAUCGUUUUAUUACGGAUUUUUAUAUGACUGUAAACAAUUAUUGGAUUCUAAAUGCUAGACACAUAAAUUUGACCACGCUUUCUGUAGCUGGAGGAUUCCGGGAUUACCAAGUUCGUUCAGGACUGACUUUUCUGCCAAAAUUAAGCCAUCAUACCAGUGCCUUAUCUGUUGUGAGUUCAGCAGUGCCUAAGACCUGGGUCUCAACUGACCACCUCUCCAUCGUGUGGUGUAAACAGUUGCAAUUGACUACAAUUCGAGCGUUCUUUGAUCUUAUUGAUGCUGAUACUAAACAAAUAACUCAAAAUCCGAAGAAGAAAUUGUCAGUAUUGAAUCACCACUUUAUAAGACACCCAGCAAAACACUUUGAGGAAAACCCAGCAAUAAUUUCUGACUUAACAGGAACAUCUAUGUGGGUUCCAGUAAAAGUGUCCAAAUGGACGUAUGUGGCUUACAACGAGUCUGAUAAGAUCUAUUUUACAUUUCCUCUUGCAAAUCAUAGAAAAAUCUACACUCAUGUUUAUUGUCAGAGCACCAUGCUGGAUACAAAUAGUUGGAUUUUUGGCUGCAUAAACAGCACGUCUAUGUGCCGGCAAGGAGUUGAUCUAUCAUGGAAAGCUGAACUACUGCCAACAAUUAAGUCUCUGACGUUAAGACUUCAAGACUAUCCAUCUUUGUCUCAUCUUGUUGUUUAUGUACCAUCUAUUCAUGGAAGUAAGUUUGUUGUAGAUUGCGAAUUCUUUAAAAAAGAGACGAGAUCCAUACAGCUGCCUGUAACUCAUCUGUUUUCCUUUGGAUUGUCAUCAAGGAAAGUAAUAUUAAAUACAAGCGGCCUGUUCUAUAAUAUAGAGCUCCUGAACUUUGGACAGAUAUACCAAGCUUUUAAAAUCAACGUAGUAAGCAAGUGCUCAAGUGUCAAAGAAGAAAUAACUAGUAUCUAUAAACUUCAUAUUCCCUGGUCUUAUGAAGAUUCACUAACCAUUGCACAGGCACCGUCCUCCACAGAAAUUUCUCUGAAACUGCAUAUUGCUCAACCAGAAAAUGAUAGCCAUGUAGCAUUAUUAAAAAUGUACACAUCAUCAGACUGUCAGUAUGAGGUGACGGUUAAGACUUCCUUUUCACAAAUACUUGGACAGGUGGUUCGAUUUCAUGGUGGAGCUCUUCCAGCGUAUGUCAUAUCUAGUAUCCUUCUUGCCUAUGGAGGACAGUUAUACUCUCUUUUCUCAACAGGUCAUUGCUUAGAAUAUGCUGCUAUGUUGGAUAAAGAAGCCAAACCAUACAAAGUUGAUCCUUUUGUAAUUAUGAUUAAGUUUCUGUUGGGGUAUAAAUGGUUUAAAGAAUUAUGGGAUGUAUUGUUGUUACCAGAAUUGGAUGCCAUCGUUUUAACUAGUCAGAGUAUGUGCUUCCCUCUUGUGUCCUUGAUUCUCUUUCUGUUUGGAACAUGUACUGCCUACUGGGGUGGCCUCCUCUCGUCCACAUCUGUGAGACUCCUUUCUUCCUUGUGGCUAGCUUUGAAAAGGCCCUCUGAACUUCCUAAAGAUAUCAAGAUGAUAUCGGCAGACUUGCCCUUUUUAACAGUUGUUUUGAUCAUAGUUAGUUGGACGACUUGUGGAGCGUUUGCCAUACUGCUUACUUAUCUUUACUAUGUGUUUAAGAUUGUUCAUCUGCAAGCCAGCCUAACUUCUUAUAAAAAUAGCCAGACUGUGAAUCCCAAACACUCUAGAAGAAGUGAAAAGAAGUGCAGUCAGCAUAAAGACUCUGCAGCGCACCAUCGUCGUUUAUCUGUCGGCGACGCUGAGGACAGCAUCCGCAUGCACAGUACUGUGAUCAACCUGCUCACGUGGGUUGUGUUACUCAGCAUGCCGUCUUUAAUUUAUUGGUUAAAGAAUCUUAGAUAUUACUUUAAACUUAAUCCUGAUCCAUGUAAACCUUUGGCAUUUAUCCUUAUUCCAACUAUGGCAAUUCUUGGAAAUACUUACACUGUUUCAAUAAAAUCAAGUAAAUUGUUGAAGACUACGUCACAAUUUCCACUUCCUCUGGCUGUUGGUGUGAUUGCUUUUGGGUCAGCACAUUUAUACAGGGUUCCCUGCUUUGUCUUCAUUCCUCUUUUACUCCAUGCGUUAUGCAACUUUAUGUAAGAUUGGAUUUAAGGAAUGAUAAAGAUGAUUUAUGCCUUUAGGGCCAGUAAUAAGAGGGAACGCACAGAUCCAUCAAUGUGGACAGCAAGAUCUUUUGGAGAAGACAAGUCUAUUUUUACAAUAUUGGAAAUAGGAAAUUAGUUUUGUAAUGCUUGAGGAAAGUAGUUGAAGCAUGGUUUUGUUUUGUGGUAUGGCAUCUGUGUACAAGUCAUUUUGGAAAAUUUAGUAAAAGGAUGCAGUGGCCGCUCUCUGAGGACACCUCUGCAUAUCAGCUUGUCUGCUUGAUUGGCCAUACCAGGGAUCUUCUCCUAAAUGCUCAGUAAAUGUAGCAUUGCUUGUAAUUUCACCUCAGGCAUUCUGCUCAUUUCAUCAAACAUUGUUCUGAAAAGUGGGUUACUUUGUAUUUGCUACAGUAUACUUAUUCUGAAAUACAUCUUAAAAGAUUGAUGAAAUUCACAACUGUUUGGUUUCUCAAAAAUGAAAUAGCCACUACGAGUCUUUGGCAGCCUCAGUGAACAAAGUAGAUCUUUUUUCUUCUUACAUCUAUGAAAAUAUAACCUUUAAUUCUAAGCAGAAAUGUUUUCUUGAUAACAGUACAAGAUUGAUGGACGGAAACAUAAUUCAAAUUCAAAACUUAAUGAAAUUUUCUUAUUACUUUUCAAAUAUAAAUCUUAUUUUGUCCUUGGUGAAUAUCAGGAGACUAUUAAAGAGAUUUAUUGUUAAAGAAAAUUCUCAUAAAUAUUUACCUACUGUCAUUGAGCAGUUCAGUUGUUCAGUCUAUAUCAUUUUACUUAAUUCAUUGACCCCCGUGGCUUACAAAAGUGCCUCAGGUCAUGAUGGAUUGUUAAAAUAACUAAAUUCUGGUGGUCAGGAAAAACUCUAGGUAUGUACAGUUUUUGUCUGCUGUGGAAAAUAACAUGAUCAAGUGCAAUACCACCUUUGAUGUAUAAAAUUAUACAAUAAAUAGAAUAAAUAUAAAUUGGAGGCUUAGCCACUAAGUGGAAUCUUAAUUUGCCGUGGUGAUUACUGUUUGGCAGAUAAGAGUAAUGUUUCUAUUUCAUUUGAGAUUUCAGCUCAGCUUUAGCUACAAAAGAGUAGCAAGUAGGUAAUGGAGCUAGGCAGCUUUGCCUUAAACUAGCAUAAACUCAGGCUGAGGCAUACCUGGCUCAUGAAGUCCUUCCUUUAGAUGUGGAUGCUGUAAAUACCCAAACCUCCAAAUCAAAGUCCUUGAGUCCCAGUAAUUCUGCAUUUGCACCUGUAAACUUGUAUCCUUGUUAGUGCCCAGGAUGUCCUAGAGUACCAGGUUCCUUCUAU